CCUGUCAAAACUUUCUGGAGUUUUGAAAACACACCAAAUCGGGACUGGACUUCACCAUGGACCUGGUGCGCCCCUCCCCGGACCCUGACCGCCAGGAUCUCGUCCCUGAAGAGGCUGUGGCUGUGGCUCUGGAUCUUCACGUGGUGGCGCUUCCAGACUACUCCUCUUCGGACGAGGGCGACCAAGGUGAGUAUGGGGUAGGUCGUCCUAGGCCUCCGUCUAGGUCAUCUGAUGAAGAGAGCGGGAGCGACGAGUUUUGGUCAUCUGAUGAAGAGUGGAGUUAUAUGUCAGCUGAUUCUGGAUACGAGACUCUCUCUGAGGAGGAAGAGGAAGAAGAGAGGGUAGAAGAAACCGAAGACGAAGAAGAGGAGGAAGAGAGGGAAGAAGAGAUGCCCUUCCAUCAUCUCAGGAUACCCUGGUUGGAAGUUCCUGCUCGAGCUGUGGAGCCAGAGGCUCGUGCCCCGAGCCCUGUUCUGGAUUUCAUUCCCCUGAUAGGAUGCAGGCACAACAGGGAUGAAGAAGAGGUGAGGAAUGAUGGCAGGUGGGUAGGCUCUACUGCUCAAGCUGUGGAGCCAGAGGCUCGCGCCCCGAGCCCCUCUCCUCAGCAGCGAGCACAGAGACCUGGCCUGGCCAUCAGAGCCCUCCUCUCCGCCGCUCACUCUUCUGCUCCCCGCCCUCUCCCUAUGGGUUCUGCUCUGGACUUCAUUCCCCUCAGCGAAGGCAAGCGCGUCAGGGAUGAAGACAUUGAAGACGAGGAAGUCCCCAGCUCCAAGCGGCCGUGCCUCUCCUCCUCCAACCCACGCCCCUCUACGUCUGACCCAGGUCUCUCCACCUCCUCUGGGACGUCUGGGGGCAUCAGAUUCCACUUCCAUCAGCAGCUCCACCUGCACCAAGACUCGGAGUCGGAUGAGGACUGA